UUUGAUAUUUUAUUGUGUUGAAUAUUCAUGUAUCCAUGAGCAUGACCAUAUUUUCUUCUUUUGAUUCCAUAUAUAUACAAACGUACGAUUAUUUGUGUUCGGAAUAAGCCCUAGAGGUUUUCGACAGUUUAUAAAUAUCUCAUGAUAAGUAUCAAGAAGAGUGUAGAGUAAUGCUGUAUAAAUCUUGGCUCCAAGAGUGACCAGCUCAGACGAUGGAUGCAAGAGCUCUUCUCAAUUAUCAAUUUUGUACACUUACAGACCCUUCAUUUUACAAGGUUAGGGCUUUUUCAAGAACUGGGUUUUUGUUUGAAUGUGUUUUCAUCAUCUUCGUAUGGUUUAAAUAGUUAUUGUUAUCAGUUUCGUAAUGACGUUUUGAUGUUGAUCUUAAAUGUUAUCAGUUUGUCAUUAUCAGUGCGUUGUGUUAAAAUAUAUGUAGGUUGUUGUUGUUGUUGUUGUAUGUUAUGGGUCGAUUCAAACCCUUCCUUUUAGUUGUUGUGUGUUAUUUUCACAGUUCGAAUAUGUUUACUGUUAUUUUAAUCAAGAACUGAGUGACUCAUUUGCAGAUUGCCUGAAACCCGUCUAAUUUGUUGUGAGGAAAGUCUUUUGUGGGAUUACUGAUUUCAAGAGGAGGAGAACAGUAUGACCAAUUCAUUUUCAAAUCUUCAUGAUUUGUCUUCUGGGAAUUUUGCUGCUCUUAGGAAAAAUAAGAGAAAAAGGCUUUCAUCGUCAGAGAAUGAUGAAGAUAAUGACGAUGAUGAUCAAGCAUCAUCUGAUAGAGUAAUUAUUGUUGCAAAUCAUCUUCCUUUAAAAGCUAAGAGAAGGGAGGAUAACGAAGGGUGGUGUUUCAGUUUGAAUGAGGAUUCUUUGCUUUUGCAUUUAAAGGAUGGGUUUCCUAAAGGUACGCGGGUUCUUUAUGUUGGGUCUCUAAAUGUUGAUGUUGAUCUUUCGGAGGAGGACGAUGUGUCAAGGACUCUUUUGCAGAAUUUUAAUUGUGUUCCUACUUUUUUGGAACCUGAUCUUUCGGAAAGAUUCUAUGAUGGAUUUUGCAAGAAGAAGUUGUGGCCACUUUUUCACUACAUGUUGCCCCUUUCAGUGUAUGAAGGAGCUCCGUUUGAGAAGCCUUUGUGGGAAUCUUAUAUUGCAGCAAAUAAGGUGUUUUUUAAUAAAGUGGUUGAGAUUCUAAACCCAAUAAAUGAUUAUGUUUGGAUUCAUGACUACCAUUUGAUGGUGCUACCGUACUUGUUGAGGAGGCGAUAUAUUGAAUUGAGGAUGGGAUUUUUCCUGCACAGCCCAUUUCCCUCAUCUGAGAUCUACAGAACUCUCCCUGUUAGAGAGAACAUACUCAAAGCUUUGCUCAACUCAGAUAUUAUAGGAUUCCACACUUAUGAUUAUGCUCGACAUUUUCUCUCUUGUUGCAGCCGAUUGUUGGGUUUGAAUUAUCAAUUAAAGAGGGGAUACUUAGAAUUGGAGUAUCAUGGAAGGAUUAUUGGUAUUAGGAUUAUGCCAGUUGGGAUUCAUAUGGGUCGGAUUGAGUCCUUGCUGGCAAUGGCAGAUAAGGAUUGUAGUUUGAGAGAGCUUAAACAGCAAUUUGAAGGGAAACUGGUGUUGAUUGGUGUGGAUGAUAUUGACAUUUUCAAAGGUAUAAAUUUCAAGCUUCUUGCAAUGGAACAGAUGCUCAGGGAACAUUCGAAGUACCGUGGAAAGGCUGUGCUUAUCCAAAUUCUAAACCCUGCCAGAGGUAAAGGACUAAAUGUGGAGAAAAUAUUGAAAGAAACAAAAGAGAAAUGCCGGAGGAUCAAUGAAGAAUUUGGGCAACCAGGCUAUGAUCCAAUAGUAUUAAUAGACACAGAAAUCUCUGCAAGUAAAAGAGUUGCUUAUUGCAGCAUUGCUGAUUGCCUUGUCGUGACAGCAAUAAGGGAUGGAAUGAACCUCAUUCCUUAUGAAUAUGUUGUAUGUAGACAAGGCUUACCAGAUUCUUCAUCAAGUCCAAAGAAGAGCAUGAUAGUGAUGUCAGAAUUUAUUGGUUGUUCACUAUCACUCUCUGGGGCAAUUCGCACAAACCCAUGGUGUGUUCAGGCAACUUCUGAUGCAAUGCUUCAAGCUAUUUCUAUGAGUGACUCAGAGAAAGAGUUGAGGCAUGGGAAACAUUAUCGAUAUGUUAGUACCCAUGAUGUGGCUUAUUGGUCUCGUAGUUUCUUGCAAGACAUGUUCAAAACUUGUGCUGACCACUAUAAGAAAACAUAUUGGGGUAUUGGUUUUGGGUUUGAUUUUCGAGUUAUGUCAGUUGAUGCUACUUUCAGAAAACUAGCAGUUGAAGAUAUUCUGUCAGCUUAUAACAAUGCAGAAAAUCGGGUUAUUCUGCUGGACUAUGAUGGUACUAUAAUGCCCCAAAACUCCAUCAACAACCCCCCAAGUGAGGAUGUUAUCUCAACUCUGAAAAGACUUUGUGCUGACCAAAAGAAUACAGUUUUCAUUGUUAGUGGCAGAGGGAAGAAACACUUAAACGAGUGGUUUUCUUCAUGCCAGAACCUUGGAAUUGCAGCAGAACAUGGAUACUUUAUCAGGUGGCCUCAAAAUGACGAGUGGGACAUUAGUUACCAAAACUUUGAAUUUGGUUGGAUGGAUCUGGUUGAACCUGUUUUGAGAUUGUAUACUGAUGCUACUGAUGGUUCUUCAAUUGAAGUUAAGGAAAGUUCUCUCGUUUGGCAAUAUCAAGAUGCAGACCCAACGUUUGGAUCUUUCCAGGCAAAGGAGAUGUUAAGUCACCUCGAGAGUGUUUUAACAAAUGAACCUGUUGCUGUAAAUAGUGGAAAGUACAUUGUAGAGAUUAAACCUCAGGGAGCUAGUAAGGGGAUUACUGCAGAAAGGAUAUUCUCAUCAAUGGCUGAAAAAGGGAGGCGAGCUGACUUUGUGUUGUGUAUUGGUGAUGAUAGAUCCGAUGAAGACAUGUUUGAAAUAUUUGGUAGUGAAAAGCUAGGCAAUAUUCUUUCCCCUAAAGCUUUAGUUUUUCCUUGCACGGUUGGACAAAAGCCAAGCAGUGCAAAAUACUAUAUGGAUACAAUAACUGAUGUAACAUAUAUGCUUCAGACCCUUGCUCAAUCCUCUACUGAUUCUUCAUUCCCGGAAGAAGAUCCAAUGAACACCAUGUAAAGUAGGGCUCAUUAUGAAGAAUGCACUAGAGCAUCUUAAACGUAAUAUAGAGUGCUGAGUAGAGCUGUAGAAAGUAUAGUCAUAACUUUCCUUGUAAGAAUAGGCAGUGUAGUGUGCUUGUACUGGAGUUGAGUCCCCAGAUAUUGUUACGAGAGGUCGCAUUACCAAACAGUAAAAAGUUGCACACACCAACAUUGAUUUUCCAGUAAGUUUAACACAGGGUGAUAUCAUAAUCUCAGUGGAGAUAUUUUUGACAUACUAGUGGUUUUCAUAAUAUAAUUUUUCAUUAUGCAAUAUAUGGAGGUGUAGCAUCAUAUUUCUGCAAGACAAUGCUCCAAGGAAAAUAAAAUAAUCAAUAUGUUUCUUCA